AUGAUUGUCAGCAAGGCUACCAAUAAGGUCUAUAACUUCUUUAAGGCCUUUGCUUGUCGUGAUCCUGAGACGCUCGAAAAAAGAAGGAAAUUAAACGACGUAUACUUGCUUUAUAAGAUUCUCGUUGGGAAGAUUUCACUCGAUAAACAGGGACUCUCGUACUCGUGGCGGAAGUAUCGAAGCCAUUUCUUUUGCCAUCGCGCUGGCUUAGAAUUCAACAAAAUUGUGAGGCAGGCUGGGGCACCGAAAUCAUAUGCUCACUUCAAAAGACUAGUGACCCAACACUUAUCA